AAUGAUCUUCAUGAAAUAAUGUUAUUUAUCAGAGACAAUAAGAUCUCUUAGGCCAUGCAACAAACACUUAACAUGUUGUUACUAAUAAUCAGUUAUUUGAUAACCUAAUAAUGUUAAAAUCUUUGUAUCUAUUUCUAAUAAUGACGUUUAAUGACGGUGUGCUUUGUAAAGAUUACACUAAUUACACAUUAUAUAAAGCUAAACCUGAAAAUCAAAACCAACUCACGUUACUGAACAACUUAACGGAUAUGAACACCAUUGAUUUUUGGGUGCCUCCAAGUACAAUCAACCGUUUUGUGGAAUUUGUCAUAUCGCCUGAAGACAAACCUUAUUUUUUUAAAGCAUUUGAUAAGGAAAAGAUUCAAUUGACAACAAUUAUUUAUAAUAUACAAAGUGAAUUUGACCAACAACUCGACGAUAACAAAACCCCAGAGAAGUACGACUGGAGCAAAUACAACACACUAAACCAAACAUACAAUUGGCUCACUGAUUUUCAAAAACGUCAUGCUGAAGAAAUGGAAAUAUUGACAAUUGGAAAAACUGCCGAGGGAAGACCUAUUAAGGCAGUUAAAGUAGUUUUGAAAGGAUCAAAGACGAGGUCUUCUGUUAUCAUAGAAGGUGGAAUCCACGGGAGAGAGUGGAUCUCACCAGCUUUCGUGACGUACAUGUUAAAUGCUAUAGUUACAGCUAAAAGUGAAAAGGACAAGGUUCUGAGGGAAAUCGCUUUGACUUAUGAAUGGUUUUUCAUACCUAUACUUAAUCCUGAUGGAUUUCAGUAUACUCAUGCAAUGGAUCGAUUAUGGGUGAAAAAUCGCUAUAACAACCACGGAGUUGACCUUAAUGCCAAUUUUCCUUACACUUUUGGCACUGCGCGCAUAAGCUCGAACAUAUCGUCAAAACUUUACUGUGGUCCAUAUCCAUUUUCUGAGUCAGAAAGCAGAGCCUUACGAGAUUUCGUCCUUACUAAAAGCACCACGUUGGAAUAUUAUAUAUCUAUCCAUUCAUACGGGCAGUUCUUGAUAUUGCCAUAUGAUAAUUCAAGAGAACACCAAGAUAAUUACGACGAAGUGAAAACAAUGGUCACGGAAGUUGUCAGCAGUAUAUCAAAUCGAUAUGGUACAGAAUAUACUGUUGGAAAUCUAUUCGAAACUAGAGCAUUUUUGGCCUCGGGCAGUAGUACUUCGUGGAUAAAGAGUGCCAUUAAAGUCCCAUACGUUUUAACUGUGUACCUCCGUGACAAAGACAUGUUUGGCUACGCUUUACCAUCUGAACAAAUUAUACCUACCUGCGCCGAAACUUUGGAUGGAUUGUUGUCGUUUCUACAAAUUAAAACAGAAAUGUUUGAAACAUUUGAUCACGUAGACAAUAAUAGUGGUAAACCCCUUUUGACGCAACUCAAUUAUUUAACAUCAGAAAAUGCUACGAGUGGACAAAGAGACGGCUUAAUGAAGGCAUCUGGGGUUAUUUUCAAUGUUUUAUUUGUAGUUUUGUUACAAGAGUAG